AUGGCCGACUCGGAUAAACUUGGUCUUGGUCUCGACGAUAUCAUUCGAAUGGAUCGUACAACGAUUCGGCGUGGCGGUCGUGGUGGUAAACGAGGAUUUCAGGGACGUAGCGGCGGUCGAGGAGGUGGUCAAAUCAACGGAUUUCGAGCUCGUGGCGGUGGGGAACUACCGCGAACAUCAAAUGCACCAGCAGGUCGUUGGAAACAUGACCUUUAUGAUGAUAGUACUAAUCGAGUUCGAGGUAUACAACGAAAUAGUGGUGUUAAUAGUACCACGAAAUUAGUUAUAUCUAAUCUUGAUUAUGGUGUAACUAAAAGUGAUAUUCAAGAAUUAUUUGAAGAUAUUGGAGCUGUUCGUACAGCACAUGUACAUUUCGAUGAAAAUGGUCAAUCUUUAGGUACAGCUGAAGUUGUUUUUGAACGUCGUGUUGAUGCAACUACUGCUCAACAAAAAUAUAACGGCCUUAAUCUUGAUGGUCGUCCAAUGGAUAUUAAAUUAGUAGGAGCUGUUGAUAGUGGAUUACAACAACAAACAAAUCGUGGUUCAUAUAUUAAUGGAACUAAUAGUGGAAAUCAAAGAUCAGGUAAUCGUUUUAAUAAUCAACAAAAUGGAACUCGCGGUGGAGCUAAUCGACCACGUGGUAAUAGACAACAAACAAAUAAUACUCGUGGUAAUGGAAAAAAAGAAAGUAUUAGUGCUGAAGAUUUAGACGCUGAUCUUGAUGCAUAUCGUGCAGAAAGUACACUGAAAAAAUAA